UCUGUUCCAUAUUAUAUCUAAAUUUAUUAAUAUUCAUAUGAAUAUGAGCAAUGUAAAAAAAAGUAUGAUAAUAUGAAACGGAAGGAGUAUAAGGAAUUAGAUCGCGCGAGCGACGCGGACACACUCAUGCCGCUCCCGCUUGCCCACUGACGCGAAGCGUGCUCGAGUGCUCGACCAGCCUUCGUCUCCGCUCGCCUCGCCGUCGCCGUACGUCGCCCUCCGCGACAGCCUGUGCUCCCGUGGCUCCACCCGCUCGCCUCCUCCUACAAAUCCUCCAUCCCGCCUCACCUCACCUCACCUCACCUCUCACUCACUCACACGCGAUAAAAGAGUUUGCAACAAGUGGUCUCCUUCCAUGGACAGGUACAGGGUCGCGCCGCGACCUGUCUACCUCUCCGCCGCCGCCGCCGCCGGCGGUGAUCACGGCGAUGGGCCCCGCCGCCUGCCACGCGGUGUCGCCGGCGGCGGUGGCGCCGAGCUCGACAUCUUCUCCGCCGAGCGCUACUUCAACGCAGACGACGUCGUCAAGAAGGAGGAGUACCGCGACGAGGAGCAGCCGCGGCAGGAGGUGGCCGUGGAUGCGGCCAGCCAGAGCGGACGCACCGUGGCGUGCUCAUCGGAGGCGAGCUGGACCAGCCGCUCCGGGCUGCUCUCCGGCCACGCCCAGUCCGCCGCGUCGGCGGGUGCUGCUGCUAAGCUCCAGAUGGGUGGUGCCAAUGGCGGCGGCGGCGCCGCCGCCGCCGCCGCAAGCGCUCACCGCGGCAAGAAGCCCGGCUCCGGCCAGCGGUGGGGGCUGUUCUCUCGUGACUGCCCCUGCGCCGGCAGGAAGGCGGUCACCGUCGACGUCGCCUCCGAGCCGAGGAGCCCGGCGACGCCGAGAACCCACGCGAGGUUUGAAAACAGCCAUGUCGUCGCCGACAGCACGAUCUUUAAAGCGAAUGCGCCGCCGCCGCCACCGCCAUGCGAGGAGGAGCCCGUCAAGAUGAAGAUAUCUCCGGGGAGCAGCACGUUUCCUCCUCCCCUCGCGAACAGUAUCUUCGCGGCGGCGCCGAACAGGGGCGGCGGCGGCGGUGGCGCGGCGCCGUUCGCCGCUUUCCCGGCGCCGGACAUUGUUGGCCGCCGCGUCGUGAGCUCCGGCGGCUUCACGUUCCCGGUGGCCGUCGGCGCGGCGAAGGUGGUGAGCACCGUUGGCGACGAGCCGCCGCGCGAGUCGCUCGAGGUGUUCCGGCCCAUAGACGAGGAGUCGGUGCUCGCCGACCCACCGGCCGAUCACCUGGCGACGGUGGGCGGCCGCGGAGGAGGAGGAGGAGGCCUCGCCGCAGGCUUCGCGCGCGCCCCAGGGGUGGCGGCGGUGGCGACCGACGAGGAGGCAAUGAGCGACGCGAGCUCGGACCUGUUCGACCUCGAGAGCUUCGCGGCGUCGUCGUCGUUCCCGACCACGUGCCGCGGGCGCAGCAGCCGGCGCAACUCGCGGGAGGACGACGACGACGACGAAGACCUUCCGUACGGCGCCGCGGCCGCGGCCGCCGCCGCCGUCGAGCCGGCGCUGAGCGAGUGCAUGUACGCGCCGAGCGAGGUGAGCGUGGUGUGGAGCGUGGCCACGGCGGAGGGCGGCGCGUUCGACGCGGCCAGCGUCGCCAACUUCUCCAGCGCGGCGUCCGCCUGCUGCGUCGAGGAGUUCAGCUUCGUCCCGCCGCCUGACUCCGCCGCCACCGCUGGCGGCGGCGGCCACGAGGGCUUCACCGCCGCCAUGUCGCGCAGCGCCGCCCGCAAGAAAGGCGGCGGGUUCUUGAGCAGCUGCCGGUGCGAGAAGGCUGUGAGCGUCGGGCCAACUCCCGUCCGGAUGGUCCGGCCGGAGGUGAACGUCAAGACCACCGGCGGCGGCGCGGCACGGUAUCACCCCGGCCGCGUCCGCAUGCCGGUCCGGACGUGAACUCGCCGCCGGUGAGCACCGGCGACGUACAUACGUUCAACGAGCGGGAGAACGCGAAGGCGUGCGCUAUGGUUUAAUUAGUUUUGAUGUGUAAAUUUGUGAGUGAGAAAUGUGUUGGUGUAAGGAAUGCACAUUUGUGUUGUAAUAAACCAAGACUUUUAAUUUCUCUAUACAGAUUUCGUACGUACAUAUCCCUUCA